AAAAGACUGUUUUCCACGGAACAGAUCACACUCGUUCAAUCUCAACUGAACCAAUAUGCAAGUCUUUAUCCUCUGUGCCCUUGUGGCUGUUAGCUAUGCCGCCCCCAGGACAUGCCAUGGCGACAUCAACAAUCUUCACCCUACAGGCAAAGCAAGUGGAGGUGUAGCCGGCUCUAAUGCCGAGGUUACUCACGAUAUACCUGCCCUUGAAAAGCACAGGAACUGUUACCAGGCCAGCGCUGAUAAAAACUGCAUUCAAGCUUCAGUAAUUGCUGCUAUCGCAAGUAGAGAGACCAGGGGCGGCACCCUUUUAGUUGCCACAGGUGGUUGGGGUGACAACCAUAACGCAUGGGGUAUUAUGCAAUGUGACGUCAGGUAUUCUGGACUUCCAUGUACCUCCGUGCCGUGGGACAGCUGUGAGCACAUCGAGAUGUUGGUCAACAGACUCUUGGUGCCUUACGUCACCCAGGUACAUAAUAAAUUCCCAAGUUGGUCUUUGGAUCAAGCCCUUCAAGGUGCAGUGGCAGGCUACAACGGCGGAGUCAGCAGACUGGCGUCAUGGAGCACUGUUGAUGCCCACACCACUGGACACGACUACAGCAACGACGUAAUUGCCAGAGCCAAGUAUCUCAUGGCUCAUGGCUGGAACUAAAACAAACUAUGACAAUAAAAACAAAAGUGACAUCAAAUACAAAUAAACUUUUAUUUCUUUAGAAUUGA